AAGUAAUGCGCACUGUCGGCCAAACCAGUUUCUUCCUGCAAGUGGCAACUUACAUAACAAACAGGAAGAAGAAGAAUACCCUAGAACGGAAGUAAACAAAGACCGUCGCUGAGUGGAUGAAUCCUGUCACAGACAUUGCCAACGAAAUUUACGUUUCCGAUAUCUUGCAGUUCUUGUCGUCAAGCAAAAGUGUCAUAAAUGGUCUGCCACCAGUUGGGGAACUACAGCUUAAGAAACACAGAAAAUAGCUUACUUCUAAAUAAAUAUUGUGGAUCUCUCCUAGAUAGUUAGCCCUAAGGGUUUUAACCCGGUUUGUAUGUAAAGAAAAAGAAGGAUGGGGAAGAUUCAAUUGAAGUUAUCAACAACUAGUCCAAAAAGUGUUGAAGCACACCUCUUACCAGAACAUAAUGACACGCCCCCACCUACUCGGAAGGUAGGUUAUCUGUUCCAGAAAAACCAGUGGGCUGUCAAUUUUGUGGGUCUUAUGAUGGGUGUAGGCCUGAUCAUGUGCAUCCUUUUUGUUUAUGUGUAUGGAAGAGCAUUGUUUAUGUUUAGAGGGUGCAGCACUGUAUUUCCUACUAAAGAAGAAGGCUCAGAAAGUUUUAUGAAUGCAGAACAAACUCCUGAACAUCCUCUACACAGGUGGGAGUCUUCACAAUACCUCUCUCAUCAACCAAAUCCAGAAAGAAUGAGAAGUUACACCAACUGGGUUAAAUAUGGAAGUGAGAGGAAAGAUUGUGGUGUAGACUGCCUGUUUUGGGAGGCUGAUGAUACCCUUCUAAGUGAUGAGCAACAAGUUCUUGAAGGCAGGGAACCACUCCCAGAUCCUGUUAGAGUCCAGGAUGACAAGCAGUGCAGUGACAUAUCUCUGAGCCUUCGGUUUGAUUGCCUACCUGGAGGAACUGUGGAUCAAACUGCUUGUGAAAGUCGAGGAUGUUGCUGGCUUGCUGAUGAAGAGGUUCCACAGCGAAAAAAACCAUUUCCAUCUCCCAGUUUACACCAUCCAUCUCAUGGCGAGCCACUGGAAGACAUACCUUUAAACAUUCCAUACUGUUUUUAUCCCCGAGACUAUGAUGGCUACCACUUCGUCAACUUUUCUUCUGAUACCUAUGGCAACAGUGGUUAUUUGAGGAGAGACACCUCUAGUGGUUACCCUCAUGACAUUCCCCUUCUCAAGAUGGAGGUCUUUUAUGAGACCCCAACUCGGAUCAGAGUUAGGAUCCAAGAUCCAAGUUCACCAAGAUGGGAAUCACCACUUCCAGUAAUAUCUGAUGUUAAACUUGGUGCUGCUGUAGAACCCCUGUAUGGCAUUGCUGUUGAGGAAGAUGAUGGUGCCUUUGUCAUCUUCCGUAGAGCAUCUUCUCUUCCUCUGUUUGAUACAAGGAAUGCAGCCCCUCUUGUGUAUGCUGAUCAGUUCCUGCAGCUUUCAACGCGCUUGCCUUCUGAAUAUUUGUAUGGCCUUGGCGAACAUCUUGAAGGACUGCUCUUGGACACUUUCUGGAAACGGCGUGUUCUGUGGAACCUGGAUCAGAUUCCAGAACCUGGGAAAAAUUCGUAUGGAAGUCACCCCUUCUACCUAUCAAUGGAACCUGAUGGUAAUGCUCAUGGCGUUUUUCUUCUCAACAGCAACGCCAUGGACAUUGUUCUCCAGCCAACUCCCGCUGCAACAUUUAGGAUCAUAGGAGGCAUUCUUGACCUCUAUGUCUUCUUAGGCCCCACUCCUAAUGAUGUUAUCAGCCAGUACACAGAAGUUAUUGGACGCCCAUUUCUUCCGCCAUAUUGGUCCCUAGGAUAUCACCAGUGCAAGUUCGGUUACAAGUCCUUGAAUAAAACCAAAGCAGUUUGGCAGCGCACACGUGAUGCUGGAAUACCAUUUGAUGUGCAGUGGAAUGAUAUUGACUACAUGGAGGAAAACAAGGACUUCACCUAUGAUCUGAUCCAUUUUAGAGAACUUCCAGAAUUUGUCCAACAGCUUCAUGAGGUUGGAAUGCACUAUGUGCCUAUUGUGGAUCCAGGUAUCAGUGCUUCAGAGCCUCUUCAUACAUAUCCUCCUUGGGAUGAAGGCCUUGCAUUACAUGUCUUCGUAAGGAAUGGCUCCAAUAUGCCUUUCAUCGGAAAGGUUUGGAAUACAGUUGAUACAGCUUGGCCGGAUUUCACUCAGCCACUCAGCACAUACUACUGGGGUCGCCAGCUAUUGCGCUAUCACAGCUGGGUUGAAUUUGAUGGAGCAUGGAUCGACAUGAAUGAACCAUCAAACUUCUGGUCUGGUAGCUAUGAUGGGUGUGGUGAUAACAAUUUAGAGCAUCCUCCUUUUCUUCCUCAUGUUCAUGGAGGAAUCCUCUAUUACCACACUAUUUGUAUGACAGCAAGGCAUUAUUUUGGCAGGCACUAUAGUAUCCACAAUCUUUAUGGUUUUACAGAGGCUAUAGCAACCAAUAAGGCUCUACAAAUCAUACGGGGAAAGCGGCCUUUCAUUAUAUCUCGCUCUUCAUUUGCUGGACUUGGCCACUACAGUGGACACUGGACUGGCGACAUCUGGUCAGACUGGUUUAACUUAUGGCAGUCCAUCUCAGGUAUUCUCAACUUCAACAUGUUUGGAAUUCCAAUGGUUGGUGCAGACAUUUGUGGUUUCAAUGGCAAUGCAACAGCCAGCCUCUGUUUGCGCUGGAUGCAGCUGGGAGCGUUUUACCCUUUCUCGAGAAAUCACAAUACAGACACUGCUUAUGACCAGGAUCCUGUAGCCUUGGGUCAAGAUGUUGUGGAAGCAUCACGCAAAGCACUGGAAAUACGGUACCACCUUCUGCCCUAUCUGUAUUCUCUCUUCUUCAACGCUCAUCUUACAGGGGAGCCUGUGGCCAGACCUCUGUUUUUCCAUUUCCACAAAGAUGAAAGAACAUAUGGAAUCGACACUCAGUUCAUGUGGGGGUCAGGACUAAUGAUUGCUCCAGCAUUAAAAGAGAAUGUCACAGAAGUCAAAGCAUACAUUCCAGAGGGACGCUGGUAUGACUGGUAUUCCAAAACCAUUAUAGAAGGAAAAGGAAGUUAUAAGAUACUGGCAGCCCCAAGCGAUGUGAUCCCAUUGCUGAUACGAGGAGGUACAGUCAUGCCAGUUCAGGUACCUGCUGUUACCACAACCAUGAGUCGAAAGAAUGACAUGGGCAUCAUAGCAGCACUUGACGAAAGUGGACAUGCAGCAGGAGAGUGGUUUUGGGAUGACGGUGAAAGCUUAGAUACAGCAGAAAACAUGAACUACACCCAUGUAGUUUUUUCAGCUGAACCUGGGAAUGUGUCUGUGAAUGUGACUUUGGCAGCAUAUCAAGAACCGGCAAAUCUAGGUUAUUUUCACAUCUUGGGAGUAGAUGGAAACGUUACUGCUGUCUACGUAGACAAUAAAAAAGUUACCUUUUCAUAUGAAGACACUACAAAGGUACUGUCCGCUGUGGGAUUGAAGAAGAGUCUUCUUGUUGGAUUUUCCAUUUCAUGGGAGUAAUUUGGAUAAGCUUAGGACUGAAGUAGGAAGAAAAAAUUUAACAUAAGUUCCCAAAGUUAUAUCAGGAGGACAUUGUUCCAAAAAACAAUCUGCAGUUAGCUCCUGAUGUAGUUUGUAUACAUUAUGCAGAUACCUUGGAGUCAACAGAAAUAAGAUAAUUGGUAAAAAUCUAAAAACCAAAAUAAGCUGUGAAAACAUAAUUUUUUGGUAAAUAUUCGUCACAUUAAUUAUAACAUAAUACUAUAUCAGUUCAUGAACCAUGUAAGUUCAAGAAUAUGAACUCAAGUUUGCAGAGACAAUUAUGUGCCAUUAUUUCUACUUCAUAAAUUUCAAGAAACCUAUUAGACUGCUGUGUUAUGUAAAGGACAGUUGUCAGGUAUAUGUUAGCCAGUUUCCUCUUGUACAUUCACCAUUUCUUUUCUGGAAGACUUGUUAGUAAUGUUCUGUCAUCAUCACAUGUAGACAAUAGAAAGUUUGGCACAAAACUAAUUCCUGUCUUCCAUUGUUAAGGAAAAACCAUUUGAUGUUAUGGAAUACUCUAGUAGUUUGUCUUGUUAUUUAAACAGCACAUAAACAAAAAUUAAUUCAUUUUUACAAGUUUAAUGUACUAGGUGUAUGUCUGAAAUAGGGAAAAAUAUAAGUUGUCUUGUUACAUAUGGAAAUGAUUAUUUUAUUCAACUUCUUGUCCAUAUUUGUAACAAAUAAUACUUUUUCUGGUUGUAAGCUGUUUGUGUUAAGUGUGAGUGUUGUUACAUAGUGAAAAGAGGACUUUGCAGUAGAAUUUGAAACAAGGAUAAUAUUGUGGCUUUAAUGAAGAUUAGAAUGCUGCAAGGUAUUUAAAUCAACUUUAAAAAUCAUGGCAUCUUGACCAGUUUGCCUGAUCAUGUUUUUAACUUUAUUUGCUGAGGGAUGUAACAUUUGCUAAAAGAAACACUAGUUUUCCAGCUACAUUACAUUUUUGGUUGAUAAGAAUUUAAUUUUCUUAUCAAUUAUUCUAGGUAAUUUGUAAGUUGGUUUGACAAGACACAGCAAAGAAUCUUGAUUUCAUCAAUAACGUGCCACACAAGUUGUACCCCUAACUCUAGCAAUCAGUCUAGGAUUUGUAACUGUUGUUGAUUCUACUGUUACCACUUUGGCAGGAGGUUUGUAUGUUGAUUAAUGCCACAGCUGAGUAACUUGCCUUUCUAGCUAUAUAUGAGCAAAGUACAGAGUAGUUUGUUUUUCAGUCUAUAAAUUGUAAGUAGUUACACAUUUAUGUAUUACUUACUAUUUUUAUGAAUAAAAUUCUGUACUGUAUUUUAUUUGUAAUCUCGAAUACAGGCUACUUGACAAACAAAAUAUGUUAUCCACAUCAAAGUCUUCAUUGAAAGCUAAUUAUUUUCCAUUGAUGUAGAAUAAUGUUGUAAUUGCUCCACCAUGUGCAAGUUUUUGAGAACCUUCAAUGACUGCAACUUAUACUUACUGUUACUUCAUGUUACCUUAGGUGGGAUGUUACUUUAGUCUGUAGGUUGGCCCGCAAAAAAAAAAAUUCAGACACUUAUUUAGCAAAAUAAUUGUUACCUUAAAGGUUUGCAACAUAGUUGUGGUUCACAGUUAUUAAGAAGUUCUGCUUUUAGUUUAUAUGUGCUUCUGUUAUUUCUGAAUGCUCAAAGCAACAGGUUUCAUCUUUUCAUUGUGAAUUACUGUCUAUCUCCAAUCUCAUGCCUUUAAGGUAUGUAUACAUUUUUAUUUAUAUAUGUAUGUCUGUAACUAUAUACAUAUAUUCUUUGUUAUCCGGUGCGAGUCUUGUUAAUUUUAUGAAAUGUACUAAAUUUUAACUGAGGUUUUUAAUAAACACAUUCUUCAUCUUUUGUAAGUGUUAUUGACUGAUAUACUGUGUAUAAAUGCAAAGUAGAUAGCAUUUUUACAGUAUACUUACCUACUUGUUUGUGAGAAAGUAUAUUUUAUAUGCUAAAGGAAUUAUUAUUGCACAAAGUAGAUAUUUUGUACAUAUUUAUUAAUAUGCACUUUGUGAGUCAACUAUUGUUAAAGCAGAUUCUACCAGUUCCUGUUAAUGCCAUUGAACAAUUUGCCUUUUCUUUUCAAGUGAGAUACAGUACCGUUCUGAGACUGACUUUUUAUAAUUGAUGUAAUCUAGUGGAGUUGCAUUGUAUAUUUUGGUGCAUGUUUUGCAAGUGCCAACUUUAAAAUCCAAUACAGUACACAUACUUUAAUAUAUAUAUAAGCAGUGUUACCAUCUUUUUUUGUACCCAUCAUGUAGUUUAUUUUUCAAAUAAUUUGCAAAAAUUAGCCCUUAAGCUUUCCACUUUUAUACUUCAAAUUUGUGAAAUUUUGCAUACGUAUUUGAAACUUUUGUAGAAACUAACUGAAUUUGUUUGGGUAUGUUGUGUAUCCAUUACGUAAAAUUGCUUUGACAUUUAGUUAUAAACAUAUUAAAGAAGUCAUUUUCCUUUGGUUGAGCCUCUCUUAGUCACAAACACUAAGAAGUGUUGUGACAGAGGAAUCUUUUUUUGUCUUUGUGUUUUUAAGGUUCUGUUGGUUGUAAUGGUAAAAGAUGUGAUAAUAAAUAUACAAGUAUUUUAACCCAAAAA